ACAUAACCAUAUAUGUUCAAAACCAGUACCACCGCUUGUUCAGACAUAACAUUUGGCGGUGGUAUACUUUAGUGUUUAUAAAAACCCUACAUACAAACAUUGAAACACUUAACAUUCUUGCGGCAACUAGCGAGCAAUAUGUCUCGACCGCUUUGGAUUCAAAGCCUGUUACUUUUAAAAUUCAUAGUAUCAAGCAAAAGUAACCCCAUAGCCGCCGCUGCUAUAGAACAUGCCCCAGUCAGUGCUAUAGUAAAUACUGUUGAUUAUCCCAGAUAUGCCUUCAGCUACGCAGUUAUCGACCCGCACACUAACGACAAGAAAGCCCAUUGGGAGACGCGAGACGGCAAUGAAGUGAACGGCGCUUAUUCUUUGGUAGAACCAGACGGCAAUGUUAGAAUAGUCGAAUACAACGCAAACGAUGUAAAAGGCUUCACAGCCGUAGUGAAAAAGCUAGGACCAAACGUGCAUCCCACUCAGAUAGUACAAGCCGUUCCAUUGAUACUCAAUCCAGCACCGUCGCCACCUCCACGCGUCGUAGCGGAGCCUGUACAUCAACAACUAGCCGAAGCAGUUCCGAUAGUCUUGCCUCCCGUACCUCAUCCUGAACCAGCUAAAAUAGAAGUCGCUGAAGUGCAGACUGAACACAGGGUAGAAGAACCAAACUCCCUAUCAUACGGUCUAGGAGCUGUUGCUUUGCCUAUAGAAGUUCCACAGGUUGUGUUCGAGAAAGGUAGUCUUCCGUGGGAUCCACACACAGGCUCCUAUGGCGGAUGGCGACCUCUCCCUGGACCUCAGGCCAAGCAAGCAUACGCUACUAUAUACAGUCGCAAAUAUAUAGACGGACAUCUACACAAAAUUGUAACAGGACCUAUUUCACUGGUUGGCAAAACGUUAUAUAUAAGAAAAACACACCAUUAACAGGGUAAACUGCAUGUACAAUAGAAACUUAAUAAUUACAACGAUAUGAAAGAAGUC